AAAAUGAGAAAUCUUCUAUUUGUGUACUUGUUUGCUCAGAAGAAAACCUAAUGGCAGCUCCUUUCAAAUUACUCCAUGAAUCAACAGCCCUGGGAACUAUCCAACCCUACUUUCUCUUAGCAACCACUUUUCUAAUUAUUCUGCUGAAGCAUCUCUUAAAGGGAAACCAAGGAAGAAACAGAAAGCUCAAUCUCCCACCAGGUCCUUCAAAGCUACCAAUAAUAGGCAACCUUCAUCAACUAGGUAAUAUGCCGCACCUCUCUCUUGCCCAACUCUCUCAGAAAUUCGGUCCAAUCAUUCACUUACAGCUAGGUGAAAUCCCAACUGUAGUUGUAGCCUCUGCUAGAACAGCAAAAGAAGUAUUGAAGACCCAUGACCUUGCUCUUGCAAGCAGGCCCCAGAUUUUUUCUGCAAAACACUUGUUUUACAAUUGUACUGACAUCGUCUUCUCCCCUUAUGGUGCUUACUGGAGGCAUAUCAGAAAGAUAUGUACACUUGAAGUCUUGAGUGUCAAACGAGUAGAUUCAUAUAGCUUCAUAAGACAAGAAGAGGUUGCGCGUUUGGUUCAUCGGAUUGCAGAGCCAUAUCCAGGCACUGUUAAUCUUAGCAAGAUGAUUGGAAUCUAUGCAAAUGAAAUUGUUUGCAGGGCUACCUUUGGUAGGGGUUUCACAGAAGGAGGAGAGUAUGAUAAGCAUGGGUUCCAAAAUAUGCUUGAUGAGUACCAGGAACUACUUGGAGGACUUAGCUUGGGAGAUUUCUUCCCUUCCAUGGAAUGGAUACACAUGAUAACAGGUAUGAAAUCAAGACUAGAGAACACCUUUCGACGCUUUGAUUGCUUCUUCAAUGAGGUAAUUGAAGAGCAUCUCAAUUCCAAGAAGAAGAAAGGGGACCAUCAAGACUUAUUGGAUGUUUUACUUGAAUCGAAGAACAAAGAUGUCAGUGACAUGCCUCUUACCAUGGACAACAUCAAAGCCAUCAUCUUGGACAUGUUUGCUGCAGGAACAGACACAAACUUCAUAACUCUUGAAUGGGGAAUGACUGAGCUUGUUAUGAACCCAAGAAUCAUGAAAAAAGCACAAGAUGAAGUAAGAAGCAUUGUAGGAGAUAGAAGAAAUGUAUUAGAAGAUGAUCUACCUCAGAUGAAGUACUUGAAAGCUGUAAUCAAAGAGAUCUUCCGACUGCACCCUCCUGUUCCAGUACUUGUCCCAAGAGAAUCCAUGGAAGAAAUAACUAUAGAUGGGUACGUAAUUCCUGCCAAAACUCGCUUCUUUGUCAAUGCUUGGGCUAUAGGAAGGGACCCAGAGACUUGGAAGAACCCUGAAAAGUUCGAACCGGAGAGAUUCAUGGAAAGCAAUAUUGAUUUCAAGGGGCAGGAUUUUGAACUUUUACCAUUUGGGGCUGGCAGAAGAAGUUGCCCUGCUAUAGCUUUUGCAACAGUAUCUGUUGAGCUUGCUCUGGCUCAACUUCUCUAUAGCUUCGACUGGGAACUUCCACAAGGCAUCCAAGCCAAGGAUUUGGAUUUGAGUGAAGUCUUUGGUAUCACCAUGCACAAGAUAUCCAAUCUCGUUGUUGUUGCAAAGCCAUAUAUCCCUUGAAAUGAACUUCACAGAUCCAUACUACAUGUUCUCAGCUUUAUUUAUUAAUUCCACCUUCUAGCA